AUGGCCACCCUCCAAGCCGGCUCCUCUUUCCCGGAAGGCGUAUCCUUCAGCUACAUCCCCCCCACUGGCAACCUCGACGUCACAGUCUGCGGCAUCCCGACCACGUACGACGCCAGCAAAGACUUCCAAACCCACAAAGUCGUCCUCGUCGCCGUCCCGGGGGCCUUCACGCCCACGUGCCAGGAGCAGCACAUUGUCUCCUACCUGUCGCACCUUGCCGAGCUCAAGGCCAAGGGCGUCGACAAGGUCAUCUUCAUCGCGUCCAACGACGCCUUCGUCAUGUCGGCGUGGGGCAAGGCGAAUGGGAUCAAGGAUGAGUCGAUUCUUUUUAUGUCGGACGGCGGUGCGGCGUUCAGCAGGAGCAUCGGCUGGGCUAGCGCCGACCGCACCGGUCGGUAUGCCGUCGUGGUGGACCACGGCAAGGUUAUUUACGCUGAGGCAGACACUACCAAGGGGAGUAUCGCACACUCCGGGGCUGAGGGUGUUUUGGCGAAGCUCUAA